AACUACCCGAGAAUGCGAAUGGCAAAUCCCCCAAAGAAAAGGAACCCGCAUCGACGAAUUAAUAAGCACGGCUCCGUUGCUUCACGAACUCUCCUCUUUCUUUUUCCUCCACCUCUAUCGCUCCUCCUUCCCCCGGACUCCACCUCAACCCCCUCUCCGUCGCGUCGCCGCGGAGCCCUAGGACGGCGCCGCCGCGCUACCGCCAUGGCGCAGCCGUCGCAGGAGGCGAUCGAAACUUUCAUCAGCAUCACCGGCGCCGACGAGGCCGUCGCUGCCCGCAAGCUCGAGGAGCAUAGCGGUGACCUAAAUGAAGCGGUUAAUGCAUACUUCAAUGAAGGAGAUAGAUCCACCACCAGAAUCAAUCAGAAUCCUAUACCUGACAGUCAUGACGAUAUUAUGGAUCUGGACGAACCAUUUGAUCCUAUGUUUACCCGAUCUAUGGGCAACCCUUUUGGUAUUUUGGACCCAAGUUUUGUUGAGAGAGCCGCUGCUGGUUUCUUUGGUCAGGGACCUCAGGUUACACAUCCCAGGGAUGUGCGGCAGAUACCUAUUGAAGUUAAAGACACUGAUAAUCCUCAAAUUGGAAGUUCUGGUCAGGGUCCUGUUAUUGAAGAUGUUACUGGACGUGAGUCUUUAUAUGGUCUGGAGGUUCAUGGGACUGUUGUCAUUGAUGAGGAUGAUGAUGACUUGCCAUCUACCCAUGCUCCUGUUAUCCCAAGAAAUACUCCAAGCACAUACAAUUCUGCACCAAGUGCUCCUCCAUUGGUGGAUGUUAGUGACUAUAACAAUGACAUAGAAGAGGAGAUGAUCCGUGCAGCAAUUGAAGCGUCAAAAAGGGAUGCGGAAGGACUUACAAAUGUAGCAGAGCGAGAGAGAGUUCUACUUCAAGAGGGAAUGCAUGCAGUUGAUAAUUCUUCUGAUUUAUCUGAUAAGGAGGACAUUGAAGGAGCAAGUGAGGCAGUUGAAAGGCAAGUACUAACCACAGGGCAAGCUGGAACUUCUAGGCAAUUGGUUGAUGAAGAGAACUUCCAAGACGAUAUUGAAGAUGUUGACGAAGAACCUUUAGUUAGACAACGUUCCAGGCGUGUUCUAUCUGGAACUGCCGGGCCAACAGAAGCAGUGCAAAGGGCUGAGAGUCCUCCCUCAGGCCCUCAGCCUCAUGGUACUGAAAAUGCUCACCAGCAUAAUGGAGCUUUCCCCUCAGAGUGGGGAGGCAUUUCUUCUGAAGAGCACGAUGAAGCUGUUAUGCUUGAGGCUGCUAUGUUUGGUGGGAUUCCUGAACACACAGAAUAUCCAUUUCCCCUCCCAUCUCAUGGAAUCUCAACUGGUUAUCCCCGAGUAGCACAUCCUCCAUCACCAACAUUAACUGCACAGAGGUUGUUAAGGGAGCAGCAGGAUGAUGAGUAUCUUGCAGCCCUCCAAGCUGAUAGAGAAAAAGAGUUGAAGGCUGUGGAGGAUGCUGAGCUCCGUAGAUUAGAAGAAGUUGCUGCAAGAGAAGCUGCUAUUGAAAUGGAAAAGCAAAAGAACGAGGAAAAGCUGAGAAAACAACUUGAGGAAGAGGAGUUGGAGUCCAUGCUUGCAGCCAAGCGAGCUUCAUUACCAAAGGAGCCACUGCCAAAUUCUGAAGGAGCCGUCACAGUUGUAGUUCGCAUGCCUGAUGGCAGUCGCCAGGGAAGGCGCUUUUUGAAAUCUGAUCAGCUCCAGGUUCUUUUUGAUUUCAUUGACAUCAGCAAGUCAUUCAAGCCAGGAACCUAUAGACUGGUGAGGUCUUACCCCAGGCGUGCAUUCACCGACGAGGAGUGUCAGAUGUCGUUGAGUGAUGUGGGCCUCAGCAGCAAACAGGAGGCCUUGUUUCUAGAACAAAUUUCAGGAUAGUGUGAAGGAUUUAGUAAUGGACGGCAUUCAACUGGGGAUUCAUACUUUUUACUUCUAUCUGUCAUAUGUUGAUGGAAAGUUAGCAAGGUUUAUCGUGAACCUCCGCGUCGAGAAAUGUCGCAUUAUCCUCUUUUGUUUUAUGAUCCGGUGAUAGCAAGUUCCAUUAUGUACUUGGUGUUGCAAAUCCCACUUUAGGCAUGCAGUCAGGAUGUAUAUACAGCGCUCUUUUGUGAUCUAAGCUAAUGGAUUGCAUGGUA